UUUGUUACGAGGAUUCCCCAUCACGGUGCUUUGAUAUAUAUAUAUAUAUAGCCCAUGUCUCUCUACUACGACGCUGUUGCGGUCCUGACCGCCCCCUCGUCGACAGGUGGCUCAUUCAAAUCACGCCUCUACAAUUCGCGUACUCUCAAGGCCGCCCCUGCACAAAUCUAUGCGCUUAUCGUCGAGGCGGCGAAAUGGGACAUCCUUCUGAAGGAAGUCAUUGAGCAUGCAGGAAUUCUCAAGACAGAGCCAAAGCUCUCUCCAUUACUCGCCAUCCUUCUUGUCCAUGAUCAGCUCCUCGCCAAAAAUGGCAUCGCGGCGACAGCCUCCCACCCCCUUCGUCAAGCGGUGGAAAGACAUAAGAUUCGGCUAAAGGGCGAGUUUGCCAAGGCCCGCGUACGGCGCGGGUGCGCGACAAUCCCGGAAUUGAAGGAAACUGUUCGCAAAGAGAAACUGGCUCUUCAGGGCGCAGAUGGACCGGCAAGCGCAGCGGUGUAUCCACGUUGGGUGCGGGUGAAUAAUGUGCGGACAACGCUGGAGGCGCAGCUAGAGUCGUCUCUUUUUGCUUCGUAUGGAAAGGUCGAGACCCUGAGCCAGUUGGUUGAUAACCAGAGGGAAGAGGGGAAGGGGAAAGGAUUCAAGAUGCGCUUGGAUCCACAUGUUCCGGACUUGAUUGCUGUGCCCCCUGGAGUGGAGUUUACGACUUCAUCUGCGUAUAAGAAUGGAGAGAUCAUUCUCCAGGAUAAGGCCUCUUGUUUCCCGGCUUAUCUGUUGCUUGGUGAUAAGGCAUGGGAUGGCGGCGACCUGCUGGACGGGUGUGCUGCGCCAGGGAAUAAGACUACCCAUUUGGCUUCAUUGCUUUAUAGCAGUAGUAAGAAGACCAAGAAGAAGAACAAGGAAAAGGAAAAGGAAAAGGCGCCAUCUUCGCGGAUUUACUCUAUGGAUGCGUCCAAGGUUAGAGCGAAGACUCUACAGAAGAUGGUUUCUACGGCUGGCGCGGAUAAAAUCACCACCGUUCUCCCCGGCCAGGACUUCCUCGCUCUCGACCCGGAAGACCCCCGAUUCGAAAACGUCACCGGUCUCCUUCUGGACCCCAGCUGCUCCGGAAGUGGGAUCAUCGGCCGCGACGACGUCCCCAAAUUCGUCCUCCCAGCGGGGCCGUCCACCGGUUUGGCACAGGGCAAAAACCAGGGCAAGAAGCGGAAGCGCAAUGAAUCGGACGAGCACCCGUCACGGAACAAUGCUAGCCCAGAGUCAUCCCCAACAGACGAAAACGAACUGACCAGCAAUACACCUAUGGACCCCGAACGGCUCACAAAGCUAUCCAAUCUACAAACCCGCAUCGUUGAGCACGCGCUGAGUUUCCCUGCUGCGACGCGCAUCACGUACAGCACCUGCUCGAUCCACAUGAUUGAGAACGAGUCUGUCGUUGAGCGGAUUCUGUCUUCAGAGGUUGCGAAGCGGCGUGGAUGGCGGAUUAUGCGGCGGGAUGAGCAGCCUCGAGGGUUGAGAGAGUGGAAGCGUAGAGGGAUUCGGGCGGAGGAGAGUCGGUCUGUGGAUUUGUCGGACGAGGAGCUGGAUGCUUGUUUGAGGUGUUGGCCCGGUGACGAUGAAGGAACAGGAGGGUUCUUUGUUGCAGGAUUUGUGCGCGAUAGUAGUAGUGUGGUAGAGAAGGUUGACGAUGUUGAACCGAGCGCUUCUCCUCAGGGGAACAAUUUUGAAGAGACCGAAGAGGACGCAGGAGAAGAAUGGGAGGGAUUCUCUGAUUAGAAGUAUCUAUGAGUGAUAUUAUUAUAUAUUUAUAUAGUGAUUGGUUUAUAUU